UUCUCUCAGCUUCCACCAACAAAUUCAGAUUCUUUCACUAACAAAGAAAUGAGCCUCACCUUCUGUGGAAGUGCUUCUGCAAGUGCUUUAAUGGCGUUUCACGGGAGUGAAUUGAUGGGUAAGGCCAUCAAAAUUCAUGUUAAAACAACUCCUAGGAAGGGAUACAAUCCUUUGCAGGUAGCUUGUGUGGACUAUCCGAGACCGGAUAUUGAUAAUACAACUAAUUUCUUGGAAGCUGCUUACUUAUCUUCUUCCUUUCGUGCUUCUCCUCGUCCAACCAAGCCUUUGAAAGUUGUAAUUGCUGGUGCAGAAAAGCAAAAACAGGAACUUGAUGCUGAAAAGCAAUGUACAAAAGAGUUGAAGGAAGCAAUGCAGAUGGCUAUGGAGGGACAUGCACGCAUGCUGGAACAGUAUGUAGAUCUUGAGGAAAAGCAUAUUCAAUUGCUUGCAAGGCACAGAAAGAUUCAGGAAGGAAUAGAUGAUUUUAAGAAAGAGGCUACUAGAGCAGGACAGGAGUAA